UCGUUUUUUUUAGGUCAGGGCUAUAAAGAAUGUAGACUGUAAUGUAGGCUCCAUUGUGGCGUGCGAAGCCACUCCACACGCUUUCUAAAUCUGGCGUUUCGUGCCGUAUUAAAAAUUAAUAAUGGACAUCCGGCGUUGCAUGGUGCCAGCUGCGCCCCAAAUUUAUUUUUUGGGGUGGUGUGCGGUGCGCGAGAAUUUUGGGAUUAUUAUUGUCUGUCAAAUCGAAUUCUAUCAUAUUCGCCCGGUAUUUUAGAGAUGUUAUUACAAUUUUAAACAAAUUAAAACACUAUUGGCGAUGUGAGAUGCCUUGCUUGAGCGCAGCCAUCGGGUUUUGAGGGUCGUGUGUUCUCCCUCGCUCGGUCUCAUGCCAUGCGGGACCCUGCUGUCUGCCAUAGUACCCUCCUCUCUCUCUAGACGGUUCUUUAUCUUUGUUGUUGUGCAGUGAUCAUCCAGUGGUGCAGUCAGACCAGACCAGACCACUGUGAGACCAAGACGCUGCCCCAAGUUCACAUGUUGUGGGUUAUUAUGAUGGGGUUUAUCGUUAGGGUGAGGUGAUGAGGAAACUGAUUAAUUAAGGGAUCAUCGGAUGGGCACGCUAACAAGCGCGGAUGAGAACGAAAUAGCGGUCCCAACAGUAAGCAGCGAGCACCGCGUCAUGUGAGCACCGCGUCGACCCUAAAGCCUUGACCUCUCACCGCUGACCCCGUGAGGUCACAGAUGGUGACUUCCUCCUCCUUCCUCCAUCCGGGUCUUCAACAACAGUCAGUGAGCAGUGUGUUGUUGGUGUGUGUGUUAUGUUCCGGCUGAACGCUCCAGCGGCACCCUGACCACCUCCUAACACCACCCACUGCCUUGGGCAUGCCUCAGCCGGGCAUGAAUGGGAUGGAGCCUGCGUUUGGCGAGGCGUAUGGGAGCCGUGGCUGUCUCCUCAGCCCCUACCCCCUGGCUGUCUCCCCUCUAGGGGGCAGGACCCAAUAUGACCAGAGCGUGCUCCUGAUGCUGGGCUCUCCAGCGACGCCGCGGAAACGGCCCUUCGAGUUGCUAAGCGACCUGGUGGACGACGGGGGCUUCGGCGAGGAGCUGCACGUGGAGCGCUGGGACGUGUCGGCGCUGGAUGACAUCACGCGGUACACCAAGCUGGGCCUUGGGGGGGAGCUAGCGAGCACCGAGGACGCCGUGCUGAUGGGCCGUUGGAGCGGGACCCGGGAGGAAGAGGAGGAGGAGGAGAGGAGGAAGAGGAAGGCACAGGCCAUAGCUCAGCAGCAGACAUCACAUGUAACCACGAUGAUGGUAACACAUCUCCACGGAAACGGCAUCACGAUGACCCCCGACCCCUGUCUAGGCCACGCCCAGAGAGGCAGGGUGGUCAGAGAGGAGGUGGGACUUGAUGUUACCAUGGCGAUGGAAAGGGUGACAGAAAAAGGAGGACAGGAUGGGGGGAUGAGGGUUCCUACGGUGGAGGUGUACCAGGUGGCAGAGGAGGAGGAGGUUGCCGCAGCUGUGUUGGCAGCGGCGGAAGCCGUUGCCGCAGUGACGGAGAAGUCUGGGAUUCUUCCGGGGGGGUCAGUGUUGGAACACAACUACUCUCUGACCCAGGGGGGGGAUAGACCCUCGCCCUCCAGCCCCAGCUCUGAGACAGAGACAGAAGUAGAGGGGCAGGAAGAGGGAGAGAGGGAGGAGGAGGAGGAGGAGGAGAGGGAAGAGCAAGAAGAGGUAUUGGUGGAGGAGGAAGAGGAGGAGGAGGAAGGGGAGGACGGAGCAGGGGAUGAGACUGCGGUGGAAGCAGAACUGUCCAGCUCAUCAGAAACAGAAUUUGAGGUGGAACCAGAGCGGGGGUGUGGUCCAGGGGAACGGCCCCAGAAGAGAAGGUGUUUCUGGGAGUACCGCCACGCUCACGCACGGGACUCUGGGAGACAGAAGAAGACUGGAGGGGAGGUCCGAUGGUCCCUCUCCUGGAGCUCUAGCACCCUACCUAGUACCCUAUACCGCAGAGAGGGAAAGAAGGGAAGGCGUAAAGCGAGGAAGACGGACGCCAGCGACCUGACCCCUAACCCCGUGAAGCUCACAAACAUCGGCGAACAGCUGCAGAAACUCAACGCCACCAUAGAUGGGAUGGGUCCUGUUAACGACCUGCCUGUUGUGGCCAGGGCACGCUCCCGCAAAGAGAAGAACAAACUAGCUUCCAGGGCCUGUCGGUUGAAGAAGAAAGCGCAACACGAAGCCAACAAGAUCAAGCUGUGGGGACUCAACCAGGAGUACGAGAACCUUUUGGGGGCGUUGCUGAGGAUCAAGGAGGUGAUUGGUCAGCGGGUGGAGCGCAGCGGAGAGGAGGUGGACAAAGAUGAACGAGGGAUGACCCAGAGACUGGAGGACAUACUGAAAGAGUCCAGCGGUCCUCUAGUGGCUGGACGGACCAAAGAGUUUGUCCAGAGAAUCCUGGAGGUGAGUGGAGGGGGGCUGACCAAGACUGGGGCCAAGGGCAAAGACACACAGACCCCCUCUGGACCAGGAGAGGAGACAGCUGUCUAAUGUACCAGCCAUCACCCAUAACCCCCCCUGGAGCGGGAGAGGGGACAGCUGCCUAAUGUACCCCCAUCACCCCCUCUGGACCAGGAGAGGAGACAGCUGCCUAAUGGACUGGCCAACACCACCAGCUCUCCUCCGACACCCCUCGAACACAGCCACCCACUCCUACCGUCUCCCACUACACUCUGUCAUCUGGAGAAUAGGUGGAUGGAGAAAGGGAUGGAGGGGGAUGGAGAAAGAGAGGGAGGAGCAGAUGGAGGAGGUGGGGGUUACAGGUCAACAGAGACUGAGGUUUGAGUUCAACCCUCCCCUCUGUUUCAGCUCUGUUUCCUUCUGUCUCUUCAGUAGGGCUCUGUAACACUUCUUACCUUCAGCUAAUUACCAACACAGGCUAGCUGCUGACGGUGUGUGUGAGUCAGCUGAUCUGUGGCUGUGUGUGUGUGUGUGUGUGUGUGUGUGUGUAGUAUGAAUGUGUGGGGUUGGUUUAAUCUUUCCCUUCUUCAGUAAACUGUAUUGGUAUCCCAUUGUGCCUAUAUGAAUAGACAUUGCACUGUUUGUAGAUGAUAGAGAAGUUGGCAGGGGGUUGGCAUGAGGGUAGGGUAGGAAGAGAAGUGGGAGGGACGGGGGGGAGGGUCAUGUUCAGUAGGCCACAACGUUCCUUGGAAGGUUCAGAAAGAAAUGGACUGUAUGGAACAGACGUGCAUCUCUGACAUCUAGAGUAAGGAGUAAUGUCCUCUCUAUUCACAACAUUGCUAUCUGCAACGUUUGGCAGGUUUGGUUACACCCUCCUGGAAUCGACCCUGCUUGUAAAGAUCAGUGGGAUGAGCCUCUUUUGACCAGCGAGCAACGUAAUUGGUGCUUGCCACAGAGGGCAUAAAUGAGCACUUUGAUUCGUAGCUGUAUCCUGUCUAUUCCCCUUUGAGAAACACCUGGGUCCUGUUCAUCGGGCACCAAACGUAACUGGGAAGAUUACCUGGACUUCUCCAAUAAGAAACGCAAAUGUUUGUUUUUUCCAUUGCAAAACAUCUUAACCUGUCUAGGAUGAGGGUGCCGCUAGCGCCACUCCCCCCC